UGUUUUUAUUUUCAUUUUCAUAGAGAUAAUAUACUUGGAUUAUGGAGCAGACAUUGAUGAACAGAUUACUUUCCAAUCUGACGUACUGGCUUGGGGGUGCGUUGACGUCAAGUCAUGUAUUCCGAUCGGCGACGGGCAUCUAUACACAACGAUACGGUUCACAUCUACUGGCAUGAUCGAGUUCUCCAACGACAAAUGUUCGAUAGACAAGUCUAUGACUCAGUACACAAACCCACGUCUCUUCACUGGUGGAGAGGCGUCAAUUGCUGUCCUAGGAGCUGCAGUGGACCUCAGCAUUGGUGAUCCCAAAAUAUUUUAUCAGCUUCAAGAUAAAUAUGACCUCUCAGAUAACAACGGAGGAUCCCUUCUUCAAGCCUUAAAGAGUAAACUAAACAGGACAGACUCGGAGUUGGGUGAAGCGAAUCCAAUAGCAGCGUUGAAGAUCACCUGGGAAGCUAUCCAGCCGCCUGGAUCACAACCGGGACAGGAGACAAACACCUACCAGGCUGUGGUCUUCACCGACGGCAAACAGACAGGUGUAAUGAUGAACUACCAGGCAGGGGACCUUCAAUGGCAUACUAGUUUGAAAGAACUUCCAGCACGAGUGGGAUACAGUAACAUUGACGAUGUAAUGAAUCUGUAUGAAGAUACUGAUCAGGACACUAAAUAUAAUAGUUAUCGACGAGACUUGGUCACAGGAAAUACGGGUCAGAUGGGCAGCUACAUUUAUCGCCUAGACCUCAAUGGUGCCGAUUUUGUCAACCCAUGUGUUGAGUGUCUGAAGUGGUAUGAGAAUGACCUCAGGGUGACCUACACCUAUUCCGAUGCAUCUGUGUGCCCUUGUUCAAGGAGACAAGCUAGAAGAGACGUAAACUUCAGAAGAUGUACUUUUCCAAGGGGCAACGAUCCUGAUUUCAGUAGUGCUAGUUAUAGUAAGUUCGAAAAUAUCCCAAGAUGA